ACACACACACACACACACCGCCUGCACACAGUACGCGUCGUGCACUGAGCUGAACUCUUAUAAUUUUUAUUCUUCCAACGAAAUUUUGCGGAAAAAGUGAAGGCAUGCUACCUGUCAGUGUGUUGUGUUUGUGCAAAGAAGCUUGCUCCAUGCUCACUAUAGCUGCAAUGAUUGUCCAGUGUGAGCUUUGACCCUGUGGACGCUGAGAGCUACGAAACCAUGUCACUCCCACAGCUGGUGCUAGUGAACUUUCAGUUCGAAUACCAGACACGUGAUGGCCGGCAAGUGUCCAUCAAACCCAACGAACGCUAUGUGCUGGUGGCCAAGACCAAUGACUACUGGUGGCACGUACGCAAAGACGAGGCGACCAAGCCGUUCUUUAUCCCGGCUCAAUAUGUCACGGUGUUACCCUCUGGAAAUGAGACUACUCGACCUUCAAGUGGACAGGAUACUCUAAAUUAUGGAGUUCAGGAUACAACAUAUUCUGACCCAGUGCCUCCCGUGUCUCUGGAGGUGUCCAUUAAAGACCAAAUCCCGACGUUUCUCAUUCCAAGUGAUCAGUACCAAAACAAAUCCUUUGACAAUGAGCCUUGGGAGGCUAAAACAGAACCGGUGAUUGAUCCUUGCAAUUCGUAUAAAGAAGCGAUUCAGGUGGAUAUUAGCCAAGAUGGUUCAACAAAUUCUUUUCCUCACAUCCCUACCUCUACCUUGCAAAAAACAGUAACAGAGAUUCAGUCAAAUGAAAAUCCUAGUCCUACUGACCUCAGCGAGGAUAUUCAGAUGCUCAUACGGGCCGGCUGGGACCCAAAAAUAUGGGAGCUUAAGGAAGACCAUAUAUAUGAUUCGGUGUCUAAGGAUAAUAAAGACCAUGAGAGGAAAGUGGAGGUAGACUCAGCGCUGGUCUCUCCAGAUUUUACUUCCUCAAUGUCCCCUCCAUUUUCUCCUGGAUCUCCCUUUGACAUACCACCUCCACUCUCUGAGAAGGUUGAGGAUGAAGAUCUGUCGGCCGUGUACGUAAACUUGCCCAGGGUCCGUCAAAGCAUCGGCAGCUUGCCCUCCGCUUCUGCUUGGGGUGUUUCAGACCCUUCUGGACUCCACAACACUCUCCUUCUAGGCUCCAGGGGAUGGGAGGUCCACACUGACGAGGAAAGUGGAAAAGAGUACUACUAUCAUCCCAGUACAGGUCAAAGCACUUGGGAUUACCCUCUUAGCUCCUCAAUGGGGUCUGACGUGGGAGCUAAGGAUCUUCCUGUCUCCCCGACACCAUCCCUGUCCCCAGCAUGUUCACCCACAGAUGGAGGAAAAUGGACAUCAGACUGGCAGAAGGUGCUGGAUGAGAAGACUGGAAGACACUACUUUUUUAACCCCGUCUCUGGACAGAGUUCCUGGGACCCACCGGAUGGUCUGCUGACUCCACCUUUAUCGGGAAACAGUCUGCAGGAAGGGGCACCGCCUCCCCUCCCUGAGGAAGACUACCCUCAUGAAGAAGAUAUUCCACCACCUCUGGGGACGGAGGAUGCUUUAUCCUUUGCCGGUUCUUCAGAAUACUCAUUGGCUCACGUGAAAAAAGCGCUCAUUCCCAGAGCGUGUCUAGACCACAGUGCUCCUGCAGGCUGGACGCUCAACGUUGACCCUGAUGGAGUCUGGAUCUUCACCAACAAUCAUACCCAAGAGCAGUGGAUCAAGUCUCUGGAUGACCGGGGACAGACAUAUUACUACCUGAAAGAUGGAUCCAAGUCUGAGUGGAACUUACCUGAACUCUCUGCUGGUUUGCGACAGUGCACAGUGGGAAAUGGUGGGACUGUGGGGCAGGAUGGACUUGGAUCAGUGAGAACCUGGAGGAAUAGCACAGGAUCUCAAGACGAGAAAUUUCCCUUAAAUCAUCGGAGGAACGCUUCAGACAGUGAUAUGUUCGGCGCUCCAGAAACGAUGCAUAAUGUUUCAAAUUUGGAGAAAGCUGGAAUCCUUAACAAAACCAAGAUAUCUGAGAAUGGGAAAAAAGUACGAAAGAACUGGGCUCAGUCAUGGACGGUUCUUCACGGAGGGGUUCUAAUAUUCCACAAGGAUCCAAAGUCCAACCCGACAGGAGCAUCGAGCAAGACCAAUCAGAUCGUUCCAGAAUUCACUGUGGAAUUAAAAGGAGCGACAAUCGGAUGGGCCGCAAAGGAGAAGUCCAGCAAAAAAAAUGUGUUGGAGCUAAAAAGUCGAGCUGGAGCAGAAUUCCUGAUCCAGUACGACACUGACAGCAUCAUCACCGACUGGCAUAAAGUAAUAACAGACACCAUACGGCAACUUGACAUGGAGCAGCAUCACUCAGAUGAUGACGAGGAAACCAGUGAAAAGUCUUCUAACACGGAAAAGGAGGACAAAUCAUACGCGGACAAACGACGGCUAAGCAAUGCAGGUCGGCAGCUUUCUACUACUUCCGCGUCCGAGUCAGACCAGAAGAAGGUCCGCAACAAGCUCCGGAAGUUUCUCCUCAAGAGGCCUACUUUGCAGUCAGUCAAGGAAAAAGGCUAUAUUAGAGAAAACGUCUUCGGCUGUCAUCUGCAAAAUCUGUGUGAUCAGGAGAGGAGUACCGUGCCUAGCUUCGUGAUGAAGUGCAUCCGGAUGGUGGAGAAAAAAGGUUUGGGGGUGGAUGGAAUCUACAGAGUUAGUGGGAACUUAGCUGUGAUUCAGAAGCUACGUUUCAAGGCUGAUCACGAGGAUCUAGAUCUGGAGGAGGGUCACUGGGACAUCCAUGUCAUUACAGGAGCCUUGAAGCUCUUUUUCAGGGAAUUACAAGAGCCCUUGUUCCCUUACAGUCACUUCAACAGCUUUGUCCAGGGCAUCAAAAUUCCAGACUACAACAGCAGGGUGUCCUAUAUACGUGAUCUGGUGAAAUCUUUACCACCAUACAACCAUGACACAAUGGAGGCUCUCUUUAGUCAUUUAAGGAGAGUUAUCGAGCAUGGAGAUGAGAACAGGAUGACUUUGCAGAACGUGGCCAUUGUCUUCGGUCCAACGUUGCUCAGGCCCGAAAUGGAGUCGGCCAACAUAACGGCAUACAUGGUCUUCCAGAAUCAGAUCAUCGAGUUCAUCCUGAGUGAAUUCGAAACAAUCUUUCAUAUGUGACCUGAACACCUAAAAAAGGCUCAACGUUAAAUUAUUUGAGAGGAAUAUUACGAAAUAUUUGAACAAAGAAAAAGGAAAAAAGUAAAUUAAGGGUCAGCUGUUGUUAUAAGAUUUCUUGCUGUGAGCCAUGUUAGUAUUUUGGGCAUAGUAUUUCAUAUUUAGUUCUCUCGAUCAGAUUAGAUGGAAGUGCCCGUAUAUAUAUAUAUAUAUAUAUAUAUAUAUAUAUAUAUAUAUAUAUAUAUAUAUAUAG